UCUUGGUCCAAAGCAGAUUAGCAGCAUUCAGAAUGACUAUGGAGCUGCAGUGUACUUCAACACUUUGGUGCCUACUGAUGGAAGGGUUUGUAAAUUUUGAAAAACUUCAAAUGCCAUACUUUGAUGGGAACAUCAAUCAAACACCAUGAUGUGUUUCUUUGUACUCAUUUCUUUGCACUCAUUUGUAUUUCUCUGACAUAUGGCACACUGCACUUGCACUUACACUUGUCAUCACCAGCAGAUUAAUAGACAUGUUUUAAAGUGAGGGCUGAUGUGAUGAGACUUUGAAGCGAGAGGAAGUUACCUAGUUUUUUUUUUGUUUUGCCUGCUUUAGCUGUUGAGAAAUUGGCCUAGGUGAUAUGUUUGUUGUAAAAUCAGAUUUCAACAGGGUUUAGCAUUAAUUGUCAUUGCAGAUGAUCAAGUAUGGUGUAAUCAGCACAGAUUCCUUGAUAGAUGACUUGCUUCACUGGAAAACUAUGUAUGUAGCUGGAAGAUUGCACAAACCAGUAAGUAUCAUGAAUCAUCAAUAACAUGUAAUCUUUGCAGCUAUCUGUUGCUGAAUGUGGGCUACAUUUCAGGAAGUUCUCAUCUACAGAGAUGAUGAUGCUAUAUAGCUUAGUCAUAGAUCUGUAUAUGACUCUUCGAUUUUGGUUAAAACCAAAGACACUUUAAUGUCUGAUCUCACUUUAGUAGAAUAAGGAGAACUGUUUUACUAUGUUUACUUUCAUUAUUCUUACUUUUCAUUAUUUUAUUAACAUAAUUGAAAAAGGUGGAAUAUAGACCACACAUUUUUCCUAAUAACCUUUAAUGAUACCUCAUUAAAAAAAUGUUUAUGAACAGUGCAUGACUUGUAGAGGAAUUAUGCAAGUUGCAACCAUACACACAUAUAAUCCUUCAAAUUCCUUUUCAUCUCAUUAAAGUAGCCUUUUCCCCCUAAUAUGAGUAUACUGGAAUGAGAACUUUGAGUUCUCAAACUUUUAUAGAAAACUUGAAAGGAUCUACCCUGCUAUUGCAGUUACAGGAAGCUCACAAGAAAAGUGAAAAUGAUAAAACAAGUAGGAUAUCUUGUUUUGAUGAACAUGUCAAUACAGGUGCGGAUUCUGUUGCAGAAUGAGAAUGGGAAGCUUCACGCCGCCCUGGUGUCAAAUCUGAAGAGUGCGGUUAAUGCUUGCUUCCUUAUGCUUCCAGAGAGCUUCUCUGAGGAGGAGCUUUUCCACCAGAUUGCUGGACUAUCUUACUCUGGGGAUUUCAGGAUGGUGAUUGGUGAGGAUAAAUCCAAAGUUUCCAACAUUGUCAAGGACAAUAUGCAGCACUUCCGGAUUUUAUAUAAUAAUAUUCUUCAAGAGUGCCCACAGGUGGUUUACAGACCACAACAGGGAAGACUAGAGGUGGACAAAAGUCCGGAGGGCCAGUUUACCCAGCUGAUGGCCCUGCCUCGGACGCUACAGCAACAGAUCACCCGCCUGGUGGAUCCUCCUGGGAAGAAUCGAGAUGUGGAGGAGAUACUGCUGCAAGUGGCCCAGGACCCAGACUGUGCCUCCGUAGUACAGCAAGGCAUCUCAUCGAUAGUGAAAACCUCCAGUAUUUCACAAAGUGUCAAAGGAAUUGCCACAGCAGGACUCAUGAAGACGGUGUCAUACAGUAUGAAAAAGCUGCAGAAGAUGUCGAAAGGCUGGUGGAGGAAGACGUGAUUUCUUCUCUCCAUAUUUCUCAUGAACUGUGUUGGGUUGACUGAUCAUUGUUUUUUUGACAAGAAAACUAUCUUUACAAGACAUGAACAUUUUAACAUUUUUAUAUAAUGCCAGAGUCAUGUCUGAAUGUCAUUAAGCGUACAUUCAGGUGAACCAAGUAAUACUUAUUGUAUGUAAAAUGGAUUUGAUAAAUGACAGAUUAAAAGCAUGUUUCUAUA